GUCGAGAGGGAGCCGGAGGCUCAUCCACAUCGGUGCCCAACGAGCUGCAGCAGCUGGGCAGACGACGGCGCACACAGCAGCAACAGCGUCGUCAGCAGCGUCGCCACGAGACGGGUUCGGGUGCGGGUGCGGGUGCUGGUGGUGGUGGUGGCGGUGGGCACAGUUCUAGCGAGGAUCUGGAUCAGUUCGAUUGCAGCAGUUUCAGUUUGCCGCGCAUGCGACGCAGCUGCAGCUGGAACGAUCGCGUCGGCCUAGGAGCAACAGCAGGAGGAGCAGCAGGAGCGGGCUGUGGAGCUGGCUAUCUGAAUGCCAGCUAUCAGAAUCUGACACUACUCGAUUACACGGAUCCCAGCGAGAAUUGUAAGCGCGGCAUGGAUAAGCGCAAGCAGCGCAUUAGCUCGAGCGAGGAUUGCGAGCAGUUCAUCUGCAAGGACAACUUUCUGCUGGACGAGCUGAGUCAGAUCUAUGACAAGAAUGCCUCCAUACUCAAUGACAAGACGGCCGAGCAGGAGCUGAUGGAGGAGCGACCGGCGAGGGAAGUGUUCGUGGAGCAGAAGGAGGCAACGCCGCCGCCGUCGCCGCCCCAAGUGCAACAUGUCCAGUUGACCAUAAGAAAACCGCCAGCGCGUCAGAAGCGAAUAAAUUUGGAUAAGGAAUCUUUGCCGGCACCCAUAAUUGCCCCCUCGCAACCCGUUGCCACCGUCAUCACUUUUAGCAGCUUUGGCAAGACAUUCGAUCAGGAUCCCACCAAUUUGCGCACCUCCUACGCCCAAUCCUUGGAGCAGUGCAAUUUCGAGUUGCCGCCAAAAAGUCAAAACUCACAACUCACCACAGCCAAAUCCAACACACGUGCGCUGCCCAAGCGACGCUUUCAAAGCUCGACGGCAAAGCAGCGCAGUCUGGUGAGCAGCACUCCGAAUCUGUCAGCUUUCGACAGCGGCAGCCAGGAAGCAGAGGAUGACAUCUAUGUGAGCAGUGCGCACAAUUCGAUGCAUCAGCUGCCGCUGGCAGCAACUCAAGCGAAGCCUUUGGGCAUACUGCUGCCAGCUGGUUCGCGCAAUUCGUUCAGCAAGGAGGUGAGUUUCUGUCCGGUGGUGAGCAAGUAUUGCUGGCAGGAGCAGUCAUCGGAGGAGCCACAGGAGGAGCAGGCGAGCAGCGACGAAGAGCAGCUAGAUGACGAUGACGAUGACGAUUCCGAGCAGCUGCUGUUGGAUAGCAACGAUGCCACUGUUAUUUAUAACACCAAAGAGAACGAGAACAUAGCAGUGCGCUAUAACGAAGAGCAGCAGCUAAGAGCAAAACAAGAAGAGCAACAGCCAAGAGCGCAAGAGCAAGAGCAACAGCCAAGAGAAACGCAAGAGCAACCGCAACAGCCAAGAGCGCAAGAGCAACAGCCACAACAACAGCAAAGAGCGCCAGAGAGCGUGAUCGAUGAUAAGAGCAUGGAGAGCGAUGAGAACAACGAAAACAUCGCCAGCAUGGAAACGAAACAGCAGCAGACGACGAAAACAUCGCCUCAGCCCGUUUCAGUUUCAAGCGUAGCUACUGCCGUCAGUGUUGAAACGCGCGUCGACUCGAGCUCAUCAGCAACGCGCGCGAUCGUUAAAACAAUUACGCCAGUUACCGUUAUAAGUCCACCACCUGCCACACGCCCCCUCAGCCUACAUUUGCCCAUAUUGAGCGAACCGCCCACAAAUCGCGCCCAUCAAAUACUCUACGCAUCGCAGCAACUGCUGCAGCGUUACGACGACUCCCACGAGGACAACAAGUUUGACAAAUUCGGCAUUAUGCCCAAAUCACAGGCUGUAAUGCCCACUUCCGUUUCCGCUUCCGCGUCUGUUUCCAGCAACAACAAUGAAUCGCCACUAAAGCAGCGCAGUGCGAACAAAACGGACGAGAAACAUCCUAGCUCAAAAAGUUUUCUCUCUCGCUUUGCACACGGAUUGCGCUUCUCCCUGCGACGCAAGAAGAAGCAGCAACAACAACAACAGCAGCAGCAACAACAACAGCAGCAACAACAACAGCAGCAGCAGCAGCAACAACAGCAGCCCAAACAUGCAGCUAGCAAUGGCACUGCACAGGAUUUCAUUUAUAUACCAUUAAAGCCGCCGCGCAGCAGCAGCAGCAAUGCUCACGAUGAGAGCAACGCCUCCGAGGCGAGCACUGUUAGCGCUAACAGUCGGCAAAUAACAGCAACAGCAGCAUCAGCUGCUAAUACAGAACCAGAACAGUCAAAAACAUCGACACUGCAAAAGCUUGUGACUGGUAAGCCGCCGUUGCCAAAGCUGCCGCCACGACAAACGCAUGCGCCUGCAAACAGUGUUGCCCAUGUCGCCAGUCCCUCGAGUGCUGCCCAUGCGGAGAGCAAUGCUCUCUUUUUGGAUGCCGAACGGCAGCAAUAUGCCGCAUUUGCCGCACAGUUGACACACGGCCAGUUGCGCGAAAUGUCUGAAAGGGAUAUGGCUCGGGACAGCGAAUCGCCGUCGCGCGCCAGCGUCGCCCAAAAGACGCAAAUGUUCAAUCAGCUGGGCGGUCCGCAGACAGCCGGCUUUAAGCCGCGACCAGUCACCAUGGUGACAGCCAUUCCGGUGGCUGUUUCGCCCAUCCACGACGACGAUAGUGGUAAAAUGGGUCUAAUCGAAACCAAUUUGGACACACACGAAACGGUUAUAUCGGGCAAAACACGCUCCCUGAUGGACAUCACCUGCAAUCCAACCCAACAACAGCAACAACAACAACAGCAGCAGCAGCAACACAAACGUUAUCUCGUCAAGCGACUGAAUGUCACCAGUGCCACCUAUAACAUGGAUAAUGAUGACGAUGACGACGAUGAGGAUGAUGUUGACAGUCGCAGGAGCCGAAUCAAAACAUCUUCGCAGGCGGGCGGCGUUCAAAUUGCUUCCGUGCGAAGGCCGCACAAAAGCAUGGAAUUUCUGUUGGACAAGGAGAAUCAAAAGAAUGUUUUGCCACCUGAGAAUGAGCUACAGAAAUCGCACGAACAUAAUCCGGCCGCCCUAAGCGAACAUCAGUUGCGGGUGCAGGCGUCGCUGCAACGCUUGAAUAUACCUGACUGGUUCCGACAAUACAAUCAAAAUGCCGCCCGGUCGCCAGAUGGCGCCGUUGCCGGCAACGCUGGCGCAACAGCGUCCUCUGGCGGCUACAAGCCGGGCAAUUUUACGCGCAAGCGCACACAGGAUUCUGGUCGCUGGCAGGGCCUUAACUCGAAGACGACUUCGCUCAGUUCGCUGGGAUCACAGCGCUCUGAUCGUAGUCCCCUGCUGUUGAGUCCCUCGGCGCACAGCCAUCAUGGCGGUCAGAGUAGCGGCGUCAGCGCCUCCACGUCGGCGGGUCAUCAAGCGCCGCACGGCCAUGGCCAUGGUCAGGUGGGCGCCACACGCUGGUCCACCUCGCAUCUGAACUCGACGCAGACAUCGCCGAGUGUGUCGCAGCGGGGCAGCUUUGCCCGUGGUGCACCCAUCAACAGCAGCUUCAUGUCGGUGGCCAGCGGCAGCAGCGCCGGCGGUGUCCUGAGGAACUCAUAUCGUCAGCCAUAUUUGGGCUGGCGCAGCACAGAGAAGCUGUCACAGCGCACGCCACACGAACGACUGGCCAACUCGCUGCUGGCGCAACGCACCUCGCCCACAACGGCAACUGCGACGAAUGGAGUGCGUGCGAUGCAGCCGGUUACGCCGGAAAUACAAAGUUCCAUCAAGGAGGUCACCUCGGCCAUAGUGCAUUAUGUGAACGAUCAGACGCAGGCGCAGCACUUGCAACAGCAACAGCAGCAGCGCAGCCGAUCAGCGAGUCCCAAUUCGAGAAAGUGCUGGCUGGAGAGCAGUUUCGUUGGCACACGUCCGCUGGACUCACCGCAAACGCCCGUCAUUGAUAGCAGCAGCAGCCCGCCCCCGAUCCAGCAGCAGAACAAGCAACAUCAACAUCAACAUCAACAGCUCCAUUUGGAUGCCACAACGGUGGUUGCCAUUGGACAGCCGCCACUACGCAUGAACGGACUUAGCCGAGUCGGCGGCGGUGGCGCGCCUGAACGCUCGUUGAGCAAUGCAUCGCUAGAAGAUGUCUUAGCCUCACUUUUAGGACUGCCAACUACCUCCUCCUCCAACAGCCAGAACACCAACAGCAACAACAACAACAGAAACCAAGCAGCAGCGUCGACCAUAGCAGGGUCCUCGACGACAGAUACAACAGCUAGUAGUAGGAGUCGCCAACAACAGCUGGAGGUGGAGCAGCAGCUGCUGCGUCGUCGCAGCGAGGGAGACGCACCCAGCCAGAAGCAGAAGCAGCAACAGCAACAGUAUCCAAAUCAGAAUCAACCAAACCAAUCACAAUCGCAAUCACAAUCACAAUCCCAAUCACAAGCUCAAUAUCAAUAUCAAUCGCAAUCACAGUCACAGAUUUCGAGCAAUGCCAGCAACCGACGCGUUUCGCUUGGCGACUCCAAUUCCGCCCAGGCGGAUAAGGGCAAUAACGGCGAUCAGCAGCAACAGCAGCAGCAGCAGCAGCUGCAGAUCCGUUGCCGCAAUACCAAGUGUGAGGCAAGUGCCACGCCCGCCGAAGCCAAGAAGCUGUACAAGUCAUGCCACAAUUGUACCCAUCUAUAUUGUUCACGUGAGUGUCGGCGCGCCCACUGGGAAAAGCAUCGGAAGGCGUGUCUCCACUCGCGCGCCUCCAAUUUGUGCCGGCAGGUGUUAGCCACGUGCAAGGACGACGUUGACUCUCAGCGGCAUCUUAGCCUGCUGGCGCGCCGGGGUAGCCUGUCGCAGGGACGUGGUGUUGUCCGUGUGCUCUUUCGCAGCGCGGAGGCAGCGGAGGGUUUUAUCAAGCAUGGAUUUCAGUGCAUGGGCGAGGCAUCGUAUGUACGCUGGCCGGAUCUGAUGCCGGCCGAAAUGGGUCUGGAACUGUACUCGGAACUGCUCAAGCUCAGCACCGAAUACAAGCCCGAGUCAAAGAUGUUGAUCUAUGUGGCCAUUUGUGUGGUCUCCGAGGCGCCGGGCAUGGGUCAGGCGCCAGUGCGCUGGGAACGCCAGCUGGUCUCACGUUGUGCCAAGCUGAAGCUGUGCAAGACUGUGCUCGCCGAACUGGAGCUGCAGCAGCAGGCAUUGCAGCAACCACUCGCUGUGAUGGCCGUGCCGGAGAGCACCGAGAUACUCAUACUCACCUUCAAUCCGGGUCUGCGCACCGUGCCCGGCAACCGGGAGUUAAUAUUGUCCAACAUCUUGGACAUUCUGUCGCGGCGUGGCGUACUCCUUCGCAAACACUAUCCGGAGAUCUAUCAGCGACUGCAGACCUACACGGACGGCCAGGCGGACAAGUUUAAUCCGGUGACGCUGCAUCCGCGUGACUCGCAAACUGGCCAGAGUUUCGUCUGCAUCAUAAUGCCCGUCCACACGGACAGUGAGUUCAUCAAGCUGCCCUCGGCGGCAGAUGGUGGUGGCAAUCGUGUGACCACCAUUGAUGUCGGCUCCCCCGCCGCCCUCGCCCAGCUGGACGAUGAUGAGCUGCUCACACGCAACACGCCAUCAAGUUGAUUAAAGGCUGGCAACCGCAACAGCAGCAUCAGGCAAAAAAGGACCACCUUUGGUGAUGAUGAUGCCCUGAGCUGUGGUUUGGAGAGCACACGGAUGUGAGAGUGCCUCAAUCGCUUCCACGUUUUGCUCUCUGGAUUUAGUAAAUAAGUCUUUGAACAACAAGUCGCUUCUACUAUCGUUCUCUACUCUACUACUACAAAUAUUCAUGUUAGUUAGUCAGCUGUUCAGUUACUGCAAUUAGCUAGUUAUCUACUAGUAACAAGGGCUAGUGUGAGCACACACAGGCGUCAUAUAUCAGUAGUGCCCUCCACUUCCAAAAAAGAAAAAAAGAACACUCGUUGUCUGGAACACCAUCAGUCCCCAUCCAUUUGUCAGAUCGCGAUAGAACUCUCGAAAAUUAUCUAAAAAAAAAAA